AUGACGACGCGUCAACCAUACAAACCAAAGUACAUUCCGCUAUACGCUGCAAGGUCGGAAAAGAAGGAGACUGAGGCGCCGGCACACAAGCUCGAGCAACAAGACAUUUCAGAGCUCAGGCAGCAGAUUGACGACUUUCGAGAAGAAAUCAGAACAAGCCCAGUUUCUUACCCCAAAGAACCAAUGGCAGACCCUCACAGACGAUUUGCCAUUCCAACAGAUUUGUCUCGAUUUGAGCGGCUCCGACGAGGUCUCAGACGCGAAGAGGACGCGGACAUUAAUCUCGGCGCAAACUACUCGCGAUACAGACUGGAAACCAGAAGGAACGUGGAGGACGACGAUGAGGUCCCCGAGACAAGGACUACACGCGUCUCCAAGAGAGAUCGAGAUCACAAUGAACUUUCGACGAAUCAAACCCGGCUGCGGAGCAACAGCAGAUCUAGAAACCCUCCACAACAAUACCUCAACAAAUUGCACAUACAGGGGGAGGAGGAGUUUGAAGACCAGUACGCUGAGAUCAAGGAGGAGUCUCACGACGAAGACACGUCUCUGUAUCAUCCCAUGCCACAGAUGCGCCGUUAUGCAGGCUACAACGCGUUCACAGGAUCGCCUCAGAAGAAGGUGACAAUUACGGAGCCACAGGAGAAGCCACAGGAGAAGCAUAUGAGACCCAGAAGUCGUGAUCCGGACACCAGGGCAGAGCAUCGAAUUCACGAAGCCACACGACUGGUGGAGGACAAGCUCGAGCAGUAUAUGGGUGCCAUCGAGGCCAGCAAGGGCCCAGAGGUGGCUCAGCAGUUUGUGCGAGAGUACGAGCUCAUGAUGGACCUGCUGAGCAAAGAGUAUCAGGGGUUUAAAGAUUUUCAACAAAAGCAACCUACCCAGACCCCUAUUUCAAAGACUUCACCUAAGUCUGUCUCGAAAACAACACAAAGGUCAGCUUCCAAAAAGGGUAUCAUCAAAAUGCCGACUCAAUCCGCCAGCAGGAGACCUACUGAGGACAUUAAUGACGAUUAUGAGGAGGAACGAGACAUUGAACAAGACUACGGAAAGAAACGUCCUCAAGUCAAGAUUGAGAAACAAGAGGAGGAUGCUCGACCUGAGAAUGAUAGCAGAAGGGCCCAAAAAGGCAUGCAUGAGUUAGAAAGGGAAAUCACACAGACACCGACCAAAUCGCUUGAUCCACACACCCCUCAAAAGGUGGUGAUACCCAAUACCGGAGUCUGGGCACGAGCCCGGUCUACAAUCUCCAGAUCCUGUAGAGCCGUUGUUGGGACCUGGCAAACCACUACAUCUCCCCUACUUCUUCUGGCAACCUCGUUCUUCUUCUGGCAAGCAAUUCGAUUGUAUGUAUACGCGACACUUUUCAUCAUCCCCCCUUACCUAAACUAA